AUGGCUCGUCACGCGGAACCAAUCACAGCACGGCAGCACAUCGCUUCCUUCCUCGUCGCAUCGCUAGUUAUUUCUAUAAUCUGCGGUCCCGCGAUGAUCGCGGCGUCUGAACUGGAAGAUGCUAUAAAAACGGCGAACCAGGGAGGAGGUACCACGGAGCUCGUUCUCAAAUCCAACGUGCAACUCACAGCCCCCCUCCCCGCACUUGAAGGAGCGGCCGUUCUGACCAUCACGGGCGCAUGUGCCGUCAACAGGUGUGUCAUCAGCGGAAAUAACGCCUUCCCCAUAUUCACCUCCCCGUCGUCCGGUCCCACUGGGGGAAUACUGAACCUGCGCAACCUCACCUUUCAGGAUGCGGCAGGAGGCGUCUUUGUGAACGUGCGGACGAGGAUCAACGCGACUCAAUGCGGAUUCGUCAACAACAAGGGUCCUAGCAAUGGCGGAGGGGUGCUCAGUGAGUCUUACUCGGUGACAAAAAGUGUUUCCCUGCGCUACUUCUCCCUCUGCAUCUUCUACAACAACACGACGCCCACUGGGGGGGGUGGCGCCUUGAGCAUCAACUCGGGGUACCCCCAAGGCCAGGGGCCCGCGCUGACAAUUACGGGCAGCUACUUCAGGAACAACAGCGCGCCCAAGGGGCAAGGAGGGGUGAUUAGGGUGGAGGGGACUGGCAAAGUUGUGUUCAAGUCAUGCUUGUUUGAUGGGAACAGCGCUGCAUACACAUGUCUUGCUGCUUUUGUUUCCCUCUCUCUCUUCCUUUCUGGGCCUUGCACCCUCACACCCUCUUUUCCUCGUGGGCCCUUUCGUCCUACCAUUCAACCAUCGGCCUCGUUCCAUCCCGCCCUCUCCACCCUCUCCACCCUCUCCACCCUCCCCUCCAUGCAUCCAGGUGGGGCUGGGGGAGCCAUCUACUCCAACGGCACCUCCCUCACUUUCAACAAGGCCAUCUUCAGGGACAACAAGGCUAUCGGCGUUCCCAGUAUCAGCACCUGCGGCUUUGGCGGCGCCGUGUUCGCAAACCUCGGACGAUACAGCGAGACGUCUGUCCGCUUCUGCGCGUCGUCCUUCACGGGCAACACGGGCUGCCAAGGCACCUAUGACACUGUGUUCCUGCAGAUGGUUCCAGGCCCAACCUCCCCAGACUUUCCGUCGACAGUGAUGUACUGUAAUGGGACCGCCAAGCCGGCUGGGUUGCUCGCGCCCGCGAGCGGGUGGCAGGAGUUAAGCAGUUGCACAUCCAGCACCUGUGAUUGA